AUGGCCCUCUCAGCCUUCUCCAUCCAUCUUUGUGCUCGCCAGUCGCUUUCACCUCAAUCCUCGCCUUCGACUCAGCGCCCUACCACAAAGUUCAUAUAUCAUAAAAUGGGUGCCUUGAAGGAACCACUCCCGACCAUUGAAGUAGAGGGCUGCGCCCAAAACACAUGUGAUGAUCGGUUAUGUAUCUGCCGAGCACCAGGCUCAGACGAGGAAAGAACAUUGAUUGAUAUUGACGUAGUUCGAAACAUAAUUAUAGGACUAAGUGAUGGCUUGACAGUACCCUUCGGGCUUACUGCCGGAUUAUCAUCCUUAGGCUCCUCGCGGCUGGUCGUUGUUGCUGGAAUGGCAGAGCUAAUUUCCGGGGCAAUCUCGAUGGGAGUCGGGGGAUACCUUGCCUCUGAAGCCGACCGUGACCAAUUCAGAUAUCGAGAAAGACUGAUUCGAAAACGAGUAGCACACUCUUGCUCGAACGCGAAGGAUCGACAGGUGCAAGAAAUCUUGCAACCCUUUGGUAUCAGUCAAGGUCUUUGCGGUAUGGUUAGCAAUGACUUGUUAAAAUUUGAGUAUCUCAGAACGACCUCCUCUGAUCAGGAAAACAUCUCAUCAAGCUGGAAGAAGAGUACACUCGUAUCCAUUUUACUGAAGCUAUUUUCAAGAAGGACGCCUGAUUACGACUCAAUUUCACGCGAAAAAAGUGCGGACGAGGAAACUAUACAACUCAGCGGAUUUGAAUCAGAAUCUUUGGGUCUAGGCAUGACACAAUUUCUCCUUAAGUAUGGUGAAGGCGUGGAAGAAGUUUCAACAUAUCAGAUGUACCUCUCGGCAUUCACAAUUGGGUUUUCUUACUUGUUUGGGGGGCUUAUUCCUAUGGCACCCUACUUCUUUGUUGAGAAAGCAAAUGUUGCCUUAUUUUGGAGCAUUGGUGUUAUGGUAUUAACUUUGUUGGUUUUUGGAUCACUUAAGGCUUACUUCACUGGCGCCAGGAUUGGUUUUAUGGGAUACCUCAAAGGAAGUUUAUCAACAAUUGUUGUUGGUGGAGGAGCGGCUGCUGCUAGCUACUGGGUAGUGAAACUCCUGGACGUUAAAGAGUAA